UACACCCUUUCUCUUUCUGACCUCCUCUCUCUAACCUGCCACGCUCGCCAAAUGUUAGGCACCUCCCCUGCAGUCCGCCACUCCGAUGCACGCCUUGGCGCUGCCCUCUCUCUCUCUAACCUGCUCUUUCUCUCUCUCUCUCUCUGCGUGCUCAUUACUCCCUCUCUCUAACCUGCUCUCUCUUCCAUUCUCCCUCUCUCUCUCUAACCUGCUCUCCAUCUGCGCACUCAUUACUCUCUCUCUCUCCUCACGCCACAAACACCACAUAUGAUCCUGCUAACCCUACAUGCCGCACACUCUCUCCACUUUUCUCUCCACACUCGCCAACUCUCAUUCCCUCUCUCUCUACUUUCUCUCUCUAACCCCACCCACCUCAAUCACUACCGUCCACGUUAAUCCUCUCCGAAAUCUCUGAACCUCUCUCUCUCUCUCUCACUAAAACCGUAAUAUCUCUCUCUAGCCUGAAGCCUCUCUCCCCCUAUGCGGCCACUGCAGUCUGAGCCUUGUAUGGGCCAAGUGUCACCUCUAAGAAACCUACCCCGUCGCAUGCAAACCACGCCAUUAGUCCACCACCGACACGCAAUUACCCCCCCCUCUCCCCAUAUAUUUUUGACCCGAUCCCCUCUUCCUCUCACCACUCCUCUCUCUAAUCUCCAUUUCCCACCUUCUUUCUCUCUCUAGACUCUGCCUUCCAUCUGAUCCUCAUCAACCCAGAAUACCCAUUUCCACACACACUCUCUCUAGUCUCCAUCAAACCUCAAGGCCUACAUUUCUCUGUGUUAAUCCCCUGUUUUGUGGUCCCGUGAGUUUCAAAUCCCCUGUUUCUCGACUUGGUGUCUCAGACUUUUGCGGUGCAGUUUUGCUUCUUUUCUUUUUUUUGGGAUAUAGAAUUCAGUGGUCUUAGCUUCUUCUUACUCUCUCUCUCUCUCUACAAAUGGGUGACGACUCGAGCGUGUCCACUGCCGAGAGCCCCCCUGAAAUCACCUCCGGCUCCGAGACCGAGCUCCUUCGGGUACAAGGGGCCCAACUUCUCUUAAUCAACCAACAUGAGACCAUCCCCUUUCGCACUGGUGAUUUUGUCAUUCGUUUCAUUGAGCAAAACCAGACUUCUCUUGCCAUGGUUGCAUGCUUGGUUGGUGACCAACAAUGGCCAGCAGCCAUGGACGUCAAGGUCUCAAAGGUCGGUUUCGGCAAAUACUCCUUCUCUUUGCAGGGGCUUCUUUAUGGUUUGAAUUUGCCUGAAAAUUCAUUAGCCGAGGAAAUGCUUCAAAGCUUGGAGGCUCAAUUGAAGAGGUUUUGUGACUACAACGACACUUCUCAAGCCUUUAAGGGGAAAGAUGUGGCACCUGACUUUUGGAGUACAUCAGGGCCUGAGAUAGCGGCCCUAAUCGGACGGACACAAACAGAGGAACCCGAUCCGACCAAACAAAUCCAACGGGCGAUAAGGCUCUCCGCCGUCUCAAAGCUCAUCGCGAAAGCACUAAUUCGCGGGGCCAUUAGCCCCCACCUGCACACGACCCCAGCCGCCGUGUCAUCAUUUUCCGGCGCAAUCAACGGCGAUCCUCGCUCCCUCGCAAGCGCUAAGGCGUUCUCCGAUGUAAUCAUGGCGGUGGAAAGCGCCGGGAGAAGCAUCCAUUUGGCCGGAGAUGGCCGGGAUCCGUCGGAAUCCGGGGAGCACACGUCAUUCUCCGGUGGCCUCUGGUGCUUUAAUAGGUCGGGGCUUUUGCUUGUCCUCAAGGCCAUAGCGGCCUCUGCAUUUAUCCACGUCAGCAAAAGCGGGGCCCCCGUCGCCGGAAAGUACAGUUUACCAGAGGGCGAAGUCACAGGAAAUGGGAUUUCUGGCCACGGGAGGUGUGACGGGUUCGAAAAGCAGUUGUGCUUCUCUCUAGGGAUCAACAGCACCGAGCAAUAAUGUUUUUCCUUUUUUUUAGAGUGGGAACACGUGAGGAUAUGACAUUUUGCGUUUUUUUUUUUUUUUGUGAAAUUGGGGUUGUAAAUAAAUACAGUAUGCGGUGGUUGUGAAUGUUGCAUUUUGUUGAUUUUAUAGGGUU